UUUAGAUCCCUCCCUUGCUAUCUCCAUCGCAUCCUGAGUUUGUGUUGGAAAGGUUUAAACAGUGCAUGUUCUGAUGAAUAUUGCAGUAGGCUCCUGUGUUGGGGUGGACUUGAAACAAGGCAAUCUCCAGAUUUACAAAGGAAUGUUUUCUGCAAUCAAAUUCAUGGAGAACAGCUUGCUGACAACUUGAUCACUUACAUCCGGAAUAAAUAAUCUACUCUUAAAGCAAUCCACUCUUCGCCCACUUCAAAUGAUCUAGUUGGUGUUUGCAUACUCAACUGCUAGAUCUGAUGAGUGUGGACUAAACGUCAUCUGAAAUGACACUUGUCCACCUUUCUUGGAAAGAAGGCCUUCUUCAGGAAUAGUCAUACAUUUUGUAGUUUGAAAAAAGGAUUUCCCCCAGGAUUACUUUAUUCAGCAAUCCAGGUCUAUGAGUGCACUUAUAAGCUCUUAGUGCUACCAAGAACUGAAUUCAGAUACGUGUACUUAAAGGGUCCUGUGGCUCUGGACUGUGACGCUAGUUCUCUUAUCCUGUGACAGUUGGGUUCACCCCUGUCUCAGGUCAGAAUGAAUAACAUCCAGGACUUGAUGUCACCGGCAGCUGCCCUCAGUGUGGUCCCCACUGCAUGCGUGACGAAGGUGGAGCUUAGGGUCUCCUGCAAGGCCCUGCUGGAUCGGGAUACACUCAACAAGUCCGACCCCUGUGUCAUUAUCAUGGUGCAAGCACAAGGACAAUGGACUGAGCUGGACAGGACAGAGGUCAUCAAAAGUAACCUACACCCAGUUUUUGGAAAGGUCUUUACCCUGGACUACUACUUUGAGGAGGUGCAGAAGCUGCGCUUUGAAGUCUAUGACAUCCAUGGGACGCACAGCAUUGGCACUCGUGAUGAUGACUUCCUGGGGGGCAUGGAGUGUACUCUGGGCCAGAUUGUGGCCCAGAAGAAGAUGGUGAAGCCUCUUUUUCUGAAAUAUGGGAAAUACGCGGGGAAAUCCACCAUAACGAUUCAUGCAGAGGAAAUUUCAGGGAACAAUGGAUAUGUUGAACUUUCCUUCAGUGCUAAAAAACUGGACGAUAAGGAUCUCUUCAGUAAAUCUGAUCCCUUUUUGGAAAUAUUCCGGAUCAACGACGACGAGUCUGAACAACUCGUUCACAGAACUGAGGUGAUCAAGAACAACCUGAACCCUGUGUGGGAGCCCUUUAAAGUGUCUCUGAUCUCCCUGUGCAGUUGCGACGAGGAGAGGAAGCUGAAGUGUCUGGUCUGGGACUAUGACUCCAGGGGCAAGCAUGACUUCAUCGGGGAGUUCUACACCACGUUCAGAGAACUUCAGACAAUUUCCGGAGGAAACAAGGUCACGUGGGAUUGCUUAAAUCCAAAGUACAAACUCAAAAAGAGGAACUACAAGAACUCCGGGGUGGUCAUUCUCAAUGACCUCAAGCUUCACAGAGUCUACUCGUUUCUGGAUUACAUCAUGGGAGGAUGCCAAAUUCAUUUCACAGUGGCCAUUGAUUUCACCGCGUCCAAUGGGGACCCACGCAACAGCUGUUCCCUGCACUACAUCAACCCCUACCAGCCAAACGAGUAUCUGAAGGCCUUGAUAGCAGUGGGAGAGAUUUGCCAGGAUUAUGACAGUGACAAAAGAUUUUCUGCUCUGGGCUUCGGGGCCAGAAUUCCACCAAAUUAUGAGGUCUCUCAUGACUUUGCUAUCAAUUUCAACCCAGAGGAUGAUGAAUGUGAAGAGAUCCAGGGGGUGGUGGAAGCGUACCAGAACUGCCUCCCCAAGAUCCAGCUCUACGGGCCCACCAACGUGGCCCCCAUCAUCAGCAGAAUAGCCAAAGUGGCAGCGGGAGAGGAGGUCACCAAAGAUGCUUCACGGUACCACAUCCUGCUGAUCCUCACUGACGGGGUGGUGACGGACAUGGCGGACACGCGUGAGGCCAUCGUGCGCGCCUCCUACCACCCCCUGUCCAUCAUCAUCGUGGGCGUGGGCAACGCAGACUUCACUGACAUGGAGAUCCUGGAUGGGGACGACGGGGUCCUGCGUUCCCCGAAAGGGGAGCCUGUCCUGAGGGACAUUGUCCAGUUUGUGCCCUUCAGGGAGUUUAAGACAGCCUCCCCUGCUGCCCUGGCCAAAUGUGUCCUGGCUGAGGUGCCCAAGCAGGUUGUGGAGUACUACAGCCACAAGGCCUUCGCUCCCAAAUUCCCCGUCGUGGAUUGGCCCAACUCCGUCCCACACACGCCGGAAUAACAGAGAAAGAGAUCAAAGGAACAGCUCGGCCAGCCUCUGUCAUCCAGGUGAGUGGAUGAUGGCAGGAGUGUUCUGGCAAAAUACAGUAAAAAAAAAAAAAAAAAAAAAAGAUUUUAAAAUGUGGACAAAAUUUUUUUUUUGUUUGUUUGAAAAAUACCUUUUUCUGCUGCCUACCCUAUCCGUUCAGCAUGGGAGCUAGACUCUUUUUUGGGGGGGGUGGGGGGGGGGGGUGGUUGUGGUGUAGAACCAUGGUGUAACAUGGAGACUGCAUUCAAGCAAACCCCGUACACUUUUCCACCAGGACCACAGGACUCUGCAACGCCUGCCACAUGCAAUUCCUCUCUCACCUCUUUCUGCACGUUUCUCCGGACUGUCCCCAUUUUUAUAAUGCCUGUGAACUCUUCUGUCUUUCUCCAUGCCUCGUUCCUAUUCCCUGCUUUUGAUUUCUCUUUUUGAGCUCACUGCUGGCCUGCUGAUGCAGGUUUAUACAUAGACUGUCGGAGAUCAAGCACAGAUAUCAAAACGGAUGUAAUAUGAACUACAUUAUUCUUUGAUUAUUAAAGAAAAACAUAUACAAGGUUACUUGGGAAAAAAGGGAAUAUAUUUAUAUAAACACUGUGUUUCUUGAAGACGACUGCAUGUCCACAAACACUCAGCAUUCUAACUGGCUGAUUCCAGUUGGACUCCUUAACUACUGCAACAAGGUUGCCAAGCUUGGUCGUUUCAAUUUAUGGGUAUUAUUAAAGAAUAACGGUGAAGGAUUAAGAUCUUGAUAGGUCACUUUAAUGGUGAGAUUGUGAUUGUCCAAUAUGUAAAAUAUUUAAGUUCCAAAAACCCUGGUGUUCAAAACUGCCCUUUCUUACUGAACAAAGAAGACUGUAUAACUCAAAACAGGGAAUGUGCUGAUAUAAUUAACAGAUCUGUGAACUGCUAUGUCUUUGGAUUUAAUGUGUGGGAAAGUAGUUUAGCUUAUUCAGGAUGAUUAACCAUGCAUUCUUCCUGUAAUAUUUCCGUGGGAAUGGUUUCAUGGGAAUGGUCAGGUGGGAAUGGUCCUGGCCAUCUUUUCAUUUAAAAUAUCAAACAUUUGUGUGAAUUGGUAUUCGGUUAAUUUUGGCAUGUUUUCUGAAUGUUCUUCCUUUGUACUCAGUUAUGCAAAGCCUUUCUGAGGUGAGCUGUUCAGCUGACUGAGAGAGUCUGACAGAAUGUUCCCUUUAGAAAGAAAUUACAGCAGUUACUCUCCAACACAGCGACAUGGCAACUGUAUAAACAGAUGAUGGAAAUUGCGAGUGUAUAUUCUCUUCAUUUGGAUUCACUAUGAUUCAUUAAUGCAACCUUUGAUAAUGCAACUUGAACAAUCAAAUCAAAAGCUGCUGUGCUGUUUUGCUUCUGGGUUCCUGUUUUUUUAUAUGAAUGUGUAUGACAUAUGCAUAUGCCACUGCAACACAAGUACUGGAGGGAUUUUAUAUACAGAUUCUAUAGUCUGUACAACGUGAUAGAAAAUCAGUAAUCAUUGAUGUGGACUGACUUUUGAUGUACAUUCCAUCAAGAUCAACUAGCUCAUUGUCAAAAGUCAUUUCUGCAAUUAAAUGAAUGGCUUUGACAAAAGUUGCAUUUAUAUUGUGUUUUACAGGCACACAACAUAAAAUGCAUAAGUACAGUAUUACGUAUGUUUGUACUUUAAAGACCUGGAGCCUUUAUCAUGUACAGUAUGAUCGCUAAGGUAGCUGGAUAACUGUGCUGAGUAAAACACGGAACCCUCCCAAAUCUGACCAUGGACUGAUGUAAAAGGAGCUGUUUUGGGUUUUACUGAGUGCAGUUAUCCAGCUAACUCCGUUAUCCUGCUUUGUGAUACAGGCCCCUGGCGUAUUUUUUCCUUACUGUUUUCUGUUGUUGGUGUGUGGUCCUCCGCUUCUGAUUGUCGGUUUGUUGUAUACUCCUCAGUCUCAUUGGCUGAUGCUCGUGUUUGCUCCUCCUCCUCAUAUUGGUGGUUGGCUCUGUCCUUUCAAAUAAUCAGGCUCUAAGCACUGCCACAUUCGUCCUAUGCACAUGUGGUUGUUUUUAUUGACACCAAAAUAAAUAAUAACGAGUGAUUUUGCUAUAUUGUAAGAUAAGACUUCAAUAUUGAAAUAUUUCAGCAAAAGGUAGUCAGUAUACUUCAUACUGGAAAUUCUGUUCCUGUACCCCACAUCUAUCAGUGGCACUAAAAUGUUUGACUUAAAUGAUGUCUCUGAUUUUAAUAUACUGUAUACAUUUUAUAUACUAUAUUCUCCAGCAUUGAUCAGUUGCACGGCCAUUGCAUUAUCUAACAAUUUUAAUAAUAGUUUUUAAAACAAGCAUGCAUCACAUUUUACUAAUUGAAAUGACACACUGACCCAUUGGAUCUUGAUAGCUACCACUUAUCUCCUACAAAAUACAGUUACAUGUUAUCUUGAAGCCCUUCCUCCAUCAGUACUGUGAUGAUACAGCAUGUGUGCAGACAGUAUACACUUGUGCUUUCUUGUAAGGUACAUGGUGUUUAGCUAAAUUACCAUUUACAUGUCAAUAUGAGCCUCAUAAUUCAAUCUGAUAAAACAAACUAAUUGAUUUGUUUAUUAAUUAAUAUCACAUAACACGUGAUUAAUAGCAUGAAACUCUGAAACUUUUAAAAUGAUAGGAGUCGUUUCACAUUUUCAUAUUAUGCAGUAUUUUUUGGUGGAAAAAUUGUAAAUAUUAUCAUUAAUGCUUGCUUCAACAAUAAGAUUAUUACUUUUUGUAAGGGUUACUAAAACCUUUUUUACUCUUUUGUAAAAAUGUUUUUCUUCAACACUUCACGGAUGGGCCAUUUGGUAGUGUCUACCUCAGUGACCAUUAAAGUAGGCAGAUAUUUGAGGAGAGGGUGCAAGAACCUGCUUAGCCACCCUUCAUUAGCAUCAUGCAAUAGCAGAACUGUUAUCCAUAACCACCAGACACUGUUAUAGAUUUGGAUGCAUUUAUUGAAUCCACUGCUGAUUUCAUAUCAUUUGGGAAAUACUGUUCAUCCUGGUGUACAGUUCUUUGAAGGCAAAGAUUUGAUUUGACAGUUACUAUUUAAUUUGUUUAAAUGAGAAUGUACUAUUUGUGCUUUGUUUCCUGUAAAAUGGCAUGCUGCAUAAAUGUUCGCAAUGAACAGAACAAAAGAAGAAUGAAAAGAAAAACUAAGUUGAUAUUUUGAAGUGAAAAUGUAACACUUUUGUAUUUGUACAGCUUUCAUUAGGUCCAUCUAGUGGUACCCAGUAAUAAACAUGCUUGUGUUAAAUGCACCUGGAUGCAUGUGGAAACAUAUUUGUAUGCACUGAUCUCCGGUUUCUUUUUUUGACAGUUUCAGCUUCCUUAAUUAAAAUGUCCAUAAUGUAUUUAAAAUGGCGACUUUGGCAGAGACAAAAUAUAAAAAUAAAAAACCUACCAGACUACGUCUGGCAGGUUAAUGACUAAAUGGUGGUAUAACCCAGUCUGUUGCUACCUCCAGAUGAAGCAGGCAAGGUUGUGUGUGAUCUCUGGAACAGGCUAAACUCCUAUUAUCAUUAGCCCAUUAAAUCACUUUCCCCUUUACCUGGAAAAAGUUAGUAAUAAAUUUCUUCUUGCAAACCCACCAUGUACCGUAUAAAGUGUCUUGUUUUCAAAUGUCACCGUCACCUAAGUUUUCUGUGAAAAAUAUGCCAUAUAUGAAUUAAACAUAUGAGCUGAAUUCUAAAAGAUUAAAUAAAUAUUGUAAGAAGUCUUAAUUUUUGUUACAGAGUUUACUUUUGCAUGUUUAUUUUAAAAUAUACAAAUAUGGUGCAUUUACAGAAAUGUCUGAAUGGAAAUGUAGAUUGUGACAAACAAAACAUGUACAUGUUGUUCAGUAUUUAAAGAGAUUUUAAUGAUUCAGGGAUUCUAAGAAUAAAAUAUUAUCCAGGCAUUGUAAUUUUCUAAACUGUUUCACAAUUUUGUCUCUUGGAAACUAUUUAAAAGUUGUUAAAUGAUUGAUUUGUGUAUAUUUUUUAAAUCAUACACAAAAUACAAUCAAUGAUUUUUAGACCCUCUUCAUAUUUUAAGCACUCAAAGCUAAACGGCUGAAAGGUAAUUAAAGUACUUAUCAUAGGCUUUCAGAGCAUCCACGACCAUUUUAUAGUUGUGAUCUGCUAACUGCAGUUCCCACCAGUCAGGCAAAUGAACAAAUCUGUGUCUGUCUUCACCACAGAACUGAUUUUAGUUUGACAUUGUCAUUCUGUGCUGCCAGUGCACAUUUCUACCAGUCAGUGCUUGGCUUCCCCUAGACAUCAAGCCAAGACAUUUACAGAAAUGAAAAUACUUCAAAUAACUUAAUCACUUCAGUAUAUCAUAUUCAAUAGACGGAACUUGGUAAAUCCAAAAUCAGUGAUAACAGGGUGGAGGGAUAGUAAUCCAUGGCUAAAAAGUACAUGAACAAUCCCAGACACUGUUUUUAAUGGCCAGAACUUUAAUAUAGAACAUGCUAAUGCUUAAUGAUUUGUGUUUCUAUUAAAAAUGUGAUUAUAACAAAAAAUCUAAUUUCAUGAAUAAAUGGACUGCUUAUU